AUGUCCAUCACAAGCUUCUGGUCAAAAGUGCCCCAGGGCCCCGCCGACCCCAUCCUUGGUGUGACCGACGCGUUCAAGCGUGAUCCCAGCAAGAGCAAGAUCAACGUCGGAGUCGGCGCCUACCGUGACGAAAAUGGCAAGCCCUACGUGCUCGACUCGGUCCGCAAGGCCGAGGACAUUAUCCACACCCAGCAGUUCCUGUCGCUCGCGUCCAAGCUUGCGUAUGGCGCCGACUCGAAACCCCUCAAGGAGAACCGCGUCGCCGUCGUCCAGUCCAUCUCUGGCACUGGUGCGCUCCGUAUCGGUAUGGAGUUUUGCUCGCAGUUCUACCCGGGCAACAAGACUCUCUACCUCCCCAACCCCACCUGGGGUGCCCACCCUGCCAUUGCCGACAAGGCUGGUCUCGAGGUAAAGCGCUACCGCUACUUCAAGAAGGAGACUCUUGGUCUCGACUUUGACGGCAUGAAGGAGGACCUGACCACCGCCCCCGAGGGCUCCAUCAUCUUGCUUCACGCCUGUGCCCAGAACCCCACGGGUAUCGACCUCACCCAGGCCCAGUGGAGGGAACUGUCCGACCUGGUCAAGAGCAAGCGUCACCUCGCGUUCUUUGACAUGGCGUACCAGGGCUUUGCCUCGGGCGACGUCGACCGUGAUGCGUUUGCUCUCCGCUACUUUGUCGAGCAGGGCCACGAGAUUAUGCUCUGCCAGUCGUUUGCCAAGAACCUUGGUCUCUACGGCGAGCGUGCGGGCACCUUUUCCAUGGUGACCGCGUCGCCCGAGGAGAAGGAGCGUGUCUUGUCCCAGCUCAAGCGUGUGAUUCGCCCCCUCUACUCGUCGCCUCCUCUCCACCCGGCCCAGCUGGUCGCCACCAUUCUCGGCUCGCCCGCCCUCUACACCGAGUGGCUCGGCGAAGUCAAGAAGAUGGCUGACAGGAUUAUCGCCAUGCGCGCGCGUCUGUACGACAUUCUCCUCGAGCUCCAGACCCCCGGAAACUGGGACCACAUCAAGUCGCAGAUUGGCAUGUUUUCGUUUACCGGUCUCACCCCCGAGCAGGUCGCGGCUCUGGCCGAGUAUGCCCACAUUUACAUGACGACCGACGGCCGCAUCUCGAUGGCUGGAUUGAAUGAGCACAACAUUCGCUACUUUGCCGAGAGCAUGAGCAAGGCCAUCAAGGGCGACCUUGCUGCGGUCCCCCAGGCUUCCAUGUAA